CCUCCCAGCCCUCGCGCCCGCGCUCGCCCUCAGCGCGGCCCCCGCCAUGACGGAGGCGGGUGCCGGUGCCGCCGCCGUCGCAGGGGGGGGGAGUCGGGCUCCCAGAAAGUAGCUUGAUGAGUGUCCAAAGUAGCAGUGGAAGUUUGGAGGGGCCGCCAUCUUGGUCCCGGCUCUCCACGUCUCCAACCCCGGGCUCGGCGGCGGCGGCCAGGUCCCUGCUGAAUCACACGCCGCCAUCCGGGAGGCCCAGGGAAGGUGCAAUGGAUGAGCUUCACAGUCUGGAUCCAAGAAGGCAAGAAUUACUGGAAGCGAGAUUUACUGGAGUUGCGACAGGGAGCACCGGGAGUACCGGGAGUUGCAGUGUUGGAGCGAAAGCCUCAACAAAUAAUGAAAGUUCUAAUCACAGUUUUGGAAGCUUAGGAUCUUUAAGUGACAAAGAAUCAGAGACACCAGAGAAGAAACAAUCUGAGUCAUCCAGGGGAAGAAAGAGAAAAGCAGAAAGUCAGAAUGAAAGUAGUCAGGGAAAAAGUAUUGGAGGACGUGGCCACAAGAUUAGUGACUAUUUUGAAUAUCAGGGUGGAAAUGGCUCAAGUCCAGUAAGAGGCAUACCUCCUGCAAUCCGUUCUCCGCAAAACUCACACUCACAUUCCACUCCUUCCUCAUCUGUUCGGCCGAAUAGUCCUUCUCCUACUGCAUUAGCUUUUGGGGACCACCCUGUUAUACAACCAAAGCAGUUAUCCUUUAAGAUCACUCAGACUGAUCUUACAAUGCUGAAAUUGGCAGCAUUAGAAAGUAAUAAGAAUCAGGACCUGGAAAAGAAGGAAGGUCGAAUAGAUGAUUUGCUCAGGGCCAACUGUGAUCUCAGGCGGCAAAUAGAUGAUCAACAAAAAUUACUUGAAAAAUACAAAGAACGAUUAAAUAAGUGCAUAUCAAUGAGCAAGAAACUUCUUAUUGAAAAGAGUACACAAGAAAAAUUGUCAAGCAGAGAGAAGAGUAUGCAAGACCGGUUACGCCUUGGGCACUUUACAACAGUUAGACAUGGCGCUUCUUUUACUGAACAGUGGACAGAUGGUUUUGCAUUUCAAAAUCUUGUGAAACAACAAGAAUGGGUGAAUCAACAAAGGGAAGAUAUUGAACGGCAAAGGAAACUUCUAGCCAAACGCAAACCUCCCACAGCUAAUAAUUCUCAGGCACCUGCUACCAAUUCUGAACCAAAACAAAGAAAAAACAAGGCAGUCAACGGAGCAGAAAAUGAUCCCUUUGUUAGGCCAAAUUUACCACAACUGCUGACUCUGGCAGAAUAUCAUGAACAAGAGGAAAUUUUCAAACUUAGACUAGGACAUCUCAAAAAGGAAGAGGCCGAAAUCCAGGCAGAAUUGGAGCGUUUGGAAAGAGUCAGGAAUCUUCACAUACGGGAGCUCAAGAGAAUAAACAAUGAGGAUAAUUCACAGUUCAAAGAUCAUCCAACAUUAAAUGAAAGAUAUUUAUUACUUCAUCUGCUUGGAAGAGGUGGCUUUAGUGAGGUGUAUAAGGCUUUUGACUUGUAUGAACAAAGAUACGCUGCUGUGAAGAUCCACCAGCUUAAUAAAAGCUGGAGAGAUGAAAAAAAAGAAAACUACCACAAACAUGCCUGCAGAGAGUAUCGAAUCCACAAGGAGCUAGAUCACCCCAGAAUAGUUAAACUUUAUGAUUACUUCUCCUUGGAUACAGAUACGUUUUGUACAGUGCUGGAGUACUGUGAAGGCAAUGACUUGGACUUCUACCUGAAGCAGCACAAGUUGAUGUCUGAGAAAGAAGCUCGGUCUAUUGUGAUGCAGAUAGUGAAUGCCCUACGAUAUCUCAAUGAGAUCAAACCUCCUAUUAUACAUUAUGACCUUAAGCCAGGAAAUAUCCUUUUGGUAGAUGGAACGGCUUGUGGAGAAAUCAAAAUCACUGACUUUGGUCUGUCCAAGAUUAUGGAUGAUGAUAGCUAUGGUGUAGAUGGAAUGGAUCUGACUUCCCAAGGGGCAGGCACUUACUGGUAUUUGCCUCCUGAGUGCUUUGUAGUUGGAAAAGAGCCACCAAAGAUUUCCAACAAGGUUGAUGUUUGGUCAGUUGGAGUCAUCUUCUUUCAGUGUCUCUAUGGUAGAAAACCAUUUGGUCACAAUCAAUCUCAACAAGACAUUCUCCAGGAAAACACAAUACUAAAAGCCACAGAAGUCCAGUUCCCUGUAAAACCAGUUGUAAGCAGUGAAGCCAAGGCCUUCAUAAGACGCUGUUUGGCUUACCGAAAAGAAGAUCGAUUUGAUGUGCACCAGCUGGCAAAUGACCCUUACCUUCUGCCACACAUGCGAAGAUCCAAUUCUUCAGGAAACCUACACAUGUCUGGGCUGACAGCAACUCCUGCACCUCCUUCUUCAAGUGUGAUCACUUACUGACCCUCCACCAGGAUUGGCAUGAUCCAGAUGCAUACUUGAAUUUGAGUGCAUUUGAGUGUUUUGGUUUUUUUUUUACACAGGACGUGGGUAGGAAGUGAUUAUGAACUAAAGCUCUCCAUGGAGUCGUGUGUGAGGAUGGACAAUGACUCAGUGCGCACACUCCUCACCCUGCCCUGGAGCAGCACGGAACAGGAAUAAAUACCAUGUUACAAAAGAAGAGGGACACUGUAAAUAACGUUUAUAAUACCUAAGUAUAUUUGAUUGUUACCAGAGAGUUCUAAUAUGAAGGGUAGUUUUUCAUUAUUUAAGAACACAUGGAAAAAUUAUGAGACAUUGUAACACAGGAGCUACAGUGCCUGGUACAGCGUCAGCACUCGGCAGCUGAUCUGCAGAAACCAAAGCAAGAACUGAGUGACAGCGGCCGUGGUGUUUUGUAAUAGAAUGUGAGUUAGGGUCUUUGGACAGUUACAGACUUUGUUGUUUGCCUAUUCUGGCUUUUAUCAAGUUGUACCUCGAAUCACUUGUCCGUUUUCCCCACCAGUUGUGUUAAAAGGGAGCUGCCGUUUCUGGGCUCUUUACACCUUUAACACAGAGAAGCUGCCUGUUUCCAAUCAGUUGACGUCACUAAAUUAUAGUAUUCCCAGGGCUUUCAGGGUUUUAGAAUUAACAGGCGUUUUUCUUUGUUUCCAGGCCUUGUUCAUUAAAACAGGAGACAGUGUGUAACCAAAAGCAGGCCAGUUCUAUGCAGGAUAAUGAUAAAUUCCCUUCUGGCUCUAUUGUAAAUUACUGUACAGAUGUCGUAUUACAAUUACUGAGUUUCAGCAGCUUAUUCUUGUACAAAUGUUUAAAAAUACGGCUUUUCUAAUUGGAUAUUGUAUUUUUUUUAAGUCUUCUCGAAGGCGCUUUAAUUGCUGCUAAAUGAUAUUGCUUUUUUGCUAAAAAAAAAAAUUGAAUGACCUCCUUGAAGGCACAAGUUGACUGUACAUCAUAGAGAGAUAUUAAAAGCAGGCAUUCAUUAACAAUCAAGGCAUGUAAAAUGAUCCAUGUUGGGCAUAUUGAGUUCUUUAAAUCAGUUUUUUAGGUUCUAGGGCUGUGGAACACAUAGAUACUAGAUUUAUAAAUUGUUCAUGGUUAUUCUACAUUUCUAGAAAGUUCUUAGCAUCAAGGUGGGAUGAUGGUCCCAUAGAAUGUUUCUUGUGGUUUGUACAGAUUUGUUAAAAUGUGAACAUUUUCUAACUGCCUGUGUGGUAGAAACCAAUAUUUUUCCGGGAUGCUGUAUUUCAUUCUUGUACGGAUUUUUUUUCUUUAUUGUCACAAGUCAUAAUGCUGAGACUUACAUGUAAGUUGUUCAUGGUGCAGAAAACAGGCUGUCCUGAUCAGACAUCCCUAACAUGUACAGUUAAACUGUGGCUCUUACCUGAUGUUGCAAGCCAUUAUGUGUUUUUUUUUUCCAUUGUACAUAGACACAUUGUCUGUUUAAGAUGCUGCUGGAAUUAUAGAGAAUGUAGCCAAACAGUAAUAAACAAUGCCAGUUAAAAUGUAAA